AUGUCACCGUUGUCACAGACAAAGCGACGACUUGCCGGUCGUAAGGCUACCCGAGCCACUCCUCGGCCCCGAAAUGGACGCUCUUCAGCUGCCCAGUCACAUGGACAUAGUAUCCUACCACGAUCGUCCCAAUCUCGAGAUUCGACAGCUAAUGUAAGCCCUCCAGCAAUAUCCCAUGCAACAGAGGCUACAGCCGAAUCAAGACAGGAGAACACCAUUUCAGAAGGGGGCGGAGAUGAUGAUUUAUGCCAAAUUAUCAUGGCCAUUGAUAUGAAAGAUCGGGGGACGGUUGGUUGCUCCUAUUAUGUUGCUGAACAGAAGAAGCUUUAUAUCGUUGAAGAUAUUGUCUCUGGGGGUAUGGACGUCGUGGAGACAUACACCAAAGUGAAACUUGAUGUUGAACCGACGGUAAUUAUUCUUUCGACCCGCGCCGAACGAGACGCACAGGAGCCCUAUAGAAAUGGAAACGGCGAGACGUUUCUAGCUGAUGAUUCUCAAUUUCGACUUCCUUAUCACCUUGAAGUUCGGCCUAUCCAAGAGUUUGGUUUUGAGAGCGCCAAAACGAAACUUACAAGUCUCAAACUUAGGCAAGGGAGUGCCGAUAUUCCCAAAUUUCUCGUUCCUGGAAACGCUUUCUCCCACGAAAAUGCGGAAGAUGCCGAGGAUGUAGGCUUCACUAGCCAACAAGGGGAACUUUUGUAUCUCGCUGGCAUCGUCGAUAUGGAGAAUCACGUUUCGGUCGGAUGUGCCGGUGCUCUUAUAGCAUACCUUCAAAGAAAGCGCUCAACCCAGGAUUUCCAGGGAGAUUCAGCUGGAGAUCAGUUAUUGAGGAUAGACAAGAUUGAGAUGUCAUCCUUGAAAAGCAAUAUGUUCAUUAACAGAGACACUCUUUCAUCGCUUCAAAUAAUCCAGUCAGAAUCUCACCCAAAUGCAUUCAACCAAGGUCCAGGUCAAACUUCUUCUAGUUCCAAGGAAAGUCUCUCGAUUUAUGGUCUUUUCCACCGGUUUGCCCGUACUUCCCAAGGGAAAACAAUGCUGAGGCAAAUCUUCCUUCGGCCCACCAUUCAUCAGAGUAUCAUCUCUGAACGACAUGAUUUUAUCAGUACAUUUCUGCGAGUGGAGAAUGCUGAUGCCGUAGCAAAGCUGACCAAGAGCUUAAAAGGCAUUAACAACUUACGCCCUGUUAUGAUUCAUCUUCAGAAAGGGAUUAGUACUGGAAAUGCUCGUUUUAGGGGGUUCAAGAGUGUUGUUUGGGCCACAAUUUUAGAGUUCGCCUUUCACACUAUUGAUAUCCAUGAAACCUUGAAAAAAAUCGCUGGGGCUGAAAAAUUGAACUUAUGCGUAAAGGCUAUGCAUAAACUGGAAUUAGCGAAACUACACCAGGUUGGAAGGGUGAUCUAUGAGACGGUAGAUCUGGAGAGUUCAGUCCAAGAACAUCGAACCAUCGUAAGACCAGGAGUCGACCAGGAACUGGAUAAAAUGAAAGAAAUGUAUAAUGGCAUGGAAUCGUUGCUUAGCGAUGUUGCAGCCACCAUUGCAGCUACCCUUCCAGAAGAAUUGAGCAACGAAUUGAAUGUGAUAUACUUUCCUCAACUUGGCUUUAAUAUUGCUAUCCCGCUCGACGAACACGGUAGACCAAUGUAUGAUGGGGGGGAUGAGGAAUGGGCGCAAGUUUUCACUACCGAAAAUCGGGCAUAUUUCAAAGAUUUCCGCAUGCACGAGAUGGACGAGAGAUUGGGCGAUAUGUAUGGGAAUAUUUGUGCGAAAGAGAUUGAAAUCGUCUACGACCUUGCCCAAAGCAUUCUGGGCUAUGAGGAGAUACUAGUUGAAGCAUCAGACGUAUGCGGAGAGAUUGACAGCCUGUUAGCGCUUGCCCACGGAGCCGAUUUGUACAAACUUGUGCGACCACAAAUGACAGAUGAAAACGUUGUCAUUAUAAAAGGGGGACGACACAUCCUCCACGAAGCCGCCGUAUCUUCCUAUGUCGCCAACGACACGUUUCUUGUCGGUGGAAAGGGAACUGAGCGAUAUCAGUCUCCCACGGAUGACCCUAAAUACUCCGGAGACUCUCAAGCCUCAGACUGUACGGGACCAAGUAUGCUUCUGCUUACGGGCCCAAAUUACUCGGGAAAAAGCGUAUAUCUAAAACAGGUGGCGCUCAUUAUCUACAUGGCCCAUAUAGGGAGCUUUGUUCCCGCGAAGACUGCAACAAUUGGGGUUACUGAUAAGAUCUUAACUCGAAUCACAUCUCGGGAGACUGUUUCAAAGACUCAAAGUACAUUCGCAAUUGAUUUGCAGCAGAUCUCGUUCGCGGUAGCAAACUCGACCAACCGAAGCUUGAUAAUUAUAGACGAAUUUGGAAAGGGCACGGAAUCAGCGGAUGGGGUAGGACUGGCUUGCGCAUUGUUCGAAUACUUUCUAGAUCUAGGAGACGAGCGUCCCAAGGUAAUAGGUGCGACACAUUUUCACGAAAUACUUGAGAAUGAGUUCCUACCUCAAAGACCAGAACUCCAGCUUGGACACAUGGAAGUCCAAGUGGAUCCGGCUGCUUCGGAGCUACAAGAUCAGAUCACGUAUUUAUAUAACUUCCGAUUCGGGCGCAGCAGCGAGAGCUUUGGAACCAUCUGUGCUGCGAUGAAUGGUAUAGACCUAGCAAUCGUUUCACGGGCGAAUGAAAUUGGAGACCUAUCGCGCCGUGAGGAGGACCUUGUUGCUGCGUGUGCAAAGAUGACAAAUGCAGAAAUAAACGAGCUUGAGGUUGCUGAAAAUAUCGCAAGAAACUUUCUCCAAGCCAAUUUUUCCAGGCCAUUGUCCAAUAUUAGACAAUGCAGCCAAUCUGACACUGUCACUUCUAUCCUCGACGGUAUUGUCGGGAAUAUAAGUAAUGCGGACACGAGCAGAGGCGGCGGAGAGACUUUUCAGGCUGGAAGUUCUUCGGAUACAUCUGUGGAAGAGGUCUAUUGAGAAUUUAAUAACUAGUUACUCGAUUAUGUGGUAUGUAGUUAUGUAACGCAUCAUGUUCGAGCGGCCCAAAAA